CUUCUAUUUUUGUUCUUGUCUUUUGUUUGCUAAUUAUUCUGUUUAGUUCCUUAUUUUGUUUCUGUCCUUUGCUAUUAUUUACUCUUAUAUGUGUUCAAAGAAAACUCCAAUUAGGGAAGGAUCAUCUAUAAUCUUAGUUGAUUGUAUGGUGUAGCUUAGCUGUAAUUUUGAUGGUAUCAUAAUUAUAUGAAAAUUAAGUUAAAUUUCCAAGAUUCCGUUUCUAGAUAAGAAAUCCUAUAAUAAUUUGGCACUUGAUAAGCUGACAGUUUGUGAUGCGUGAAUGUCUUGGAAGACAAGAAGCCUAGUAUUGAAAGGUGUAAGGUUUCGUAAGGCAGUUAAGGCCCCAAAGUCUAGGCUCUAGAUUCUGAUGCUUGAAGUUAACUGCAAAUAUUUGUUUUGAUUUCAUAAAUUUUCAUUGCUUAAUGCCUCCUGGAUUAAAAGAUGGAAUUUCUAAGUGUGAAAGAACAUGGAUGUUGUUGUGUUUAAUCACACAAGGGUAAAAUAUGAAUAUGUGUUGUUUAUUUUAAUUGCAAUAUAUAUCUCUCAAAGCAAUUCUUUCACUUUUUCAGGAAUUUUGUUAUGGAAGGGGAGAAAGUAAUUGGUGGUUUCAUGAGAAUAUUAAUUUUCAAUAAUUCUCAAGCUGUGAACCUUUUUCUUUUUUGCCCUUGGGUGGUGAUGAAAACUGCAUGUUGUUGACCUUUCUGAAAUCCAAUUUUCAAAGAACCAACGAAGGAGAUGUACAUUGGACUAUACCUUUUACUUUUUGUGGCCACCUUGAUACAAUAUUUCAUCACUUCUUAUUCGUCUCCCGGAUAUGUGCUCGAUGCAAUGAGGGCAGUUAAUGAAGGGCACUCUCACACUACUCUUGUAACUUCUAUACAACCUGCUACAAGUAAAAAUGGGAAUUUUACUAUCCCUAUAAACGGUGAUCCUCCGGCAAGAAACCUCAUUGGAAGUAAUGUAGCUUGGAUGAGACUAGUGAUGAAUAUGUAUCCUCCUGGAUCCUCUAUGAGACAAUUGACUUGCACGUAUUGUAAUGUUUUACAGCCUCCUCGAGCAAAGCAUUGCCAUGAUUGUGAUAAGUGUGUUCUUCAGUUUGACCAUCAUUGUGUUUGGCUUGGAACAUGCAUAGGCCAGGGUAAUCAUUGUCGAUUUUGGUGGUACAUCUGUGAAGAGACAGCAUUGUGCCUUUGGACAAGCAUUUUGUAUGCUUCAUAUCUGAAGGCUAACAUAUCAAGAUCUUGGUGGAUGGAUGCAAUGAUGAUAAUAUUGCUCGUCACGUUGUCGAUAUCAUUGAUCUUUUUAGUACUUUUGCUUAUAUUUCACAGUUACCUUGUUUUGACUAAUCAAACUACAUAUGAGCUUGUACGGCGCAGACGUAUCCCUUACAUGCGAACCGUACCUGAAAGAGUGUAUCCUUUCAGCAACGGCAUGUGUCGAAAUCUUUACAAUUUCUGUUGUGCUAAAAUGGGCAUCUAUACUCUGGAACGUCUUCCAACAGUUGAAGAACUUGAAUUUAAGCGCAGACGCCGUUCCUGUUCACAAAUUUUAUGCUGACGUUGUUAACAAUGUGCCUUUCGUAUUGAAGAUUUUGUCUCGACCACAUUGUGAAGAUCCAUACUCCUAUGUGUUUGCCGUAUUUCUUAGAAUUGACAACCACCUGUAAGUCGGAAACGCUGUUAUGUGCCCGUUUUUGGUUCCUCAGUUUUUAAAUCAGAUUGGAGUAAGCUGUUGCAUAGUCAUUUUGUUUGGGUCACGAUGGUUCCCGUACGAGGAAUUUGAGGAAUCAAGCUUAGUUUUCACAACAGCUCUAUCCUUGAGGUUUCAUCUAAUCUUUGGAUCUGUUCGAACUCAUUCUCAAUCCUAUUUUGAGUGCUAUAUUAGACUUCAAAUUUGUUGGAGUACUUGUGGAAAUAGUUAGCAAUGUAAUUUUUAGAGAAUGGUCUCAAGUUCCACCCAAAAUCUGUAAGAGUAGCCAUUUGUAUUUCCGAGUUAUGAUAAUCAUAAAAGGCUAUCAACGUAUUCAAGUCUAUUUUUGAUUAGUAAAUGUCUUGGGACAAUUUUAAUGCUUGUAUAAAAUUUUUUUUAUAUGU